CUUGGGGAACAGUCAAAAAAUGAAUUGUUGGAGGGCCCUGUGAGGUUUUUGCUUACACUACUUUCAACAAACAAAUUACAAUAAAUAAAUAAUGAAAACAAUAAAGUACUGAUGUGUUCUUUCUAUUCGUAAAUAUUGUAUGCUUUAAAAUGGCCGAUCUUAAGCGGGACUUAGAUGAAUACUUACUGCUGCAGAGCGACACAAAAAAAAGCACGAGCAACAGAAUAAAUUUGCCACAAAUACGUGUUCCUGACGUGACAAAAUUAUUUUCCAAUUCCAGCCCAAAAACAGAAAAUAACACCCGUUUAGAGAGUAUUAAGAACUAUCUUUGCCCCGAAUUGUCUCGCCUACAGCGCAUCAUUGGCUUCCUUGCCUGUAUAGGCAUAGGCACGAUUUGCCUUGUCAGCUCAAUAUUCUACAUACCCGUGUUAAUAUUGAAAGCGCGAAAAUUUGCACUGCUCUACACAAUGGCUAGUUUCUUUUUUAUACUGAGUCUCUGCUUUCUCUUGGGCUUUGGUGUUUUCCUGCAGCAAACAUUCUCCAAAGGUCGUGUCCUUAUUUCUGGAUUUUAUACUGCAUGCCUUUGUGGUGCGUUGUACUUUGCGCUGUUCAAUCAAAUCACGCUGUUAACAGUGCUCUUCGCCAUACUCCAAACCUUAACGUUACUCUAUCUAAUAGUCGACACAAUUCCUGGCGCUGGAAAGAGUAUAAAAUUUUUUGGACAAAUCUUUAAAAGCAGCAUUUCAGCCUCCAAUGUACUGCCAGUAUGAGCUAAAGUAUAGAAUAGAAUGAAAUGAAAUAUAUUAAUAAAAUUGCUUGUGAUUAGUUGCUAUUACUUAAAAGCCAGCAUACUUCAAUACUAAAGGAAUCACAAUAAUUGUUGAAUACUUUUAUAAAAUAGACUAAUAUAAUGUUAAUAAGAUAUAAAUACGUUUUGUGUGAUAUUUUAUGUAAAUAAACAACAGGUACAAUAUUUGUUUAAGAUUUGAAAACCUUGUGCUUCUCUCUAUGA